AACAAGAAACUAUACCGUUCGACACAUGCCUUGCACGGUGCCGAAAGUAAAUGGGAUAGAACGCCAGGAAGUGCUUCAAGGCACUGUGUCAUGGCCCCGCCGAAGACCGUAAACGCGCUUCAUUGAGUCAUCGCAUCAUUGGUUCCAGGAGAUUGCUGUGAAGGUACCAAACAUUGGUGUAUUCGGCUCUGAGGAGAAAUGAGACUAGCACUACCAAGACUGUAGAGAAAACACCCACUAUUCAUCAGUUUUUCGAAAGGCGCCACGCACACAUGCCCAUUGGCAGUGCCGUAAAGCAUCUGCGGAGAGAACCGAAGACUAUUGACGAUAUCUCAUUACCGCAGCUCGGACCGCGGAUAGAAGGACCUCUACAUCAGACCGUCAUUCAUCCAGCCGACGACGAUGGCCCUCUAUCGGGCAGAACAAUUCAGAGUAUAUAUACCCUGAUCACAACCAACCUCGAUAUGCUUCCUCCAAUCCCCAGCAUCGUUCAAGGUGCCACCCAUGUUUCUACGCCGCCUCAUGCCCCAGACAUGCUGAAAGCGGACACACGUCUGCAAAUGGAACUUAAGGUUCUAUCGGAAGUUUGUGAAGCCAUUACGAAGAAGCUGACAUCCACCUUGGGUGGUGCUUCAAAUAGCGAGAUCGAUAGUAUCGCUUUUAUGGAUAUCAAGAAGGCGAUAAGCGACCUCACUCAUGAUACCUGCACUGCCUGGAAUUUUAUCUGCCUGGUACUGCGCGACUGCGUUGGCGUAGCGAGCAUUAAUGGCGACUUGAAAUUACGACAAAUCCACGCACUGGAGCAGUUCAUUGACCUUAGAAGCAAUGCUGUGAAGGCGGUCGAGGAAUCUCUGGAGUCCCUGCUCAGAAGCAAUAGUGCCUUACGAACCUUUGUUCAACAACUUAUCGGAGGUCUUUAUCUCUUCACGGACAUGAACCAAAAGGUCCUAACUGCCCUAAAAGAGAUUUCGGAUUCCGUUCAGCAACAGCACGUUGAACUUUCGGACGACGUUUUCGAUCUCCGAAUAUUCUUGGAUGAGUGUUCAUCUGCGCUGGCUCAGUAUCCUGUAUCCGAAUGUACGUCAGUGGAAUUGAGCUUAUUGUAUUAUCGUGCGGCUAAGAAUCGAUAUCCUGGCAGGAAUCAUUCAUGACCCUCCCUUCAACGCACAAGGACUCUUGACUCUGCGUUGUAUUAGACCCUCACCUGAUCGUUAUAGAUAAGUAACCCACUCGCAGAAGUCUUCUAAGGACUCUGAUGUCAUGUUCGAGUGAUGCUGCCGUUUGAGGUAUAUAGACAUGUACUUGAUGAUGUAUCCCGUAUGAAUGUUACAUGUGUCAUGG